AUAUAGGACGUGUGAACAACGAAGAGAACCAUUCGGCGAAAAAAGAAGAAGAAAACUGCCCAUGCGCACGAUCUCAAAGAGAAACAAGAAUUGUGUCAACAUGGGACUGUGGGAGUAGAUAUGGCCUCACUGCUAUUCACCCAAUAACCCGUAUCUCAGUUUACAGUUAAUACAAGCGGUGAAGCGGAGAAACACGACCCGGAACGGCAGAAAAGCAACAUUAAACCCAAAGAGAGAUAUCAAAAUCGGUACAGAGUUUAAAGAUUUUACCUAACAGAGGAACCUAGCUAAUUGUUAUCCGGUAUAUAUGUUGAAUACAUGAGUAAUUUAUGAAUAACGUGGAAGUUGGUGUCUUGCUAUUAUUGAUUCCAGGCUUCCGCCCUCUCUUGGCUCCGCACUGGAAGAUUUGGAGUUACGGGUAUUCUUUUGCUGCAUUUAGAACUGCAAGGGAAGAAUCAGAAACCUCAUUUGUGUUUCGCAUGUUUAUCAUAUCUUCUUCCUUUGAUAUUCAAUUAACUCCCCUGUCAUUUGAUUUGGACAUUACUCUACCUAUAGUUUUUUUUUUUUCAUACAAAACUAAAUACACAUGGUAUUAUUUCUUUUGCACGCUAUUUGUUCUUUGGAAAACUUUUGAGGUUUCGUUUUCAAAAGAUUUUGGAGAUUGAUGUUUUCCUAUGGUUUUCUUUAAAUCUUGUAGGUAUCUGAGUAAUUAUGGUUCCAGGGGUCCAUUCACUUGCAAUUGUCAUGACUGAAACAGAACGAGGAAGACUUGAGCAAUACAAAGGUCUUGAAGAUUUGGAAUUUAUAUAAGGGGUUCAAACCAGGUGAAUGGACAAUGUAUAUCACUGCAAGAAAGAGAUUAGUUUAGCAAUUGAUUUGGAUUUGCUUACUGAAUGAUUUUGAUUCCAUGUGUAGCAAUGGAUCCAUUGCAAUCACUAUGCGGAAGGAAAAAACAAGAAAUCAUUUACCAGAAUCCAAAGUAUGUUCUCAUAAUCUCAUCAUCAUCGAGUUCGAUCCCCUCUGAUUCAGUAGAAGAAGAAGUCGAAGCAGUUUUAUACGUGACUGGAGUCUGUGAGAUUCAGAUCGGUGGAGAGAAGAGAUCCUUGGGGUACGAGAAAGAAGAGGAGAUAUUGAAGAUUUUGGUCGAAGAGUUCAUUGAUAUCUCAGUGAAGAAGAAAGAGGUGCAGCUUUUGAAGUCUCUGUUGGAGGUGAGACUUACUCUUGAAGAGCUGAAACAUAAAACCAGAGACUUUGGAAAUCUAAUUUUGAAGGCUCGAUUAUAUGCAAAGAAGUGUGUGUAUUAUUCUUCUGCCGCUGUUCCUCUGUACAUUGUUUGGAAGUAUCUCACCGUCUUAUUGCUAUUCAGUGAUGGCACCAAAAACUAUGAUGAGAGGAGCAAAAAGAUUGUUAGAACAGUGUGAUGCUGAAAAUCGUCAGAAUCAACGAAUCUGCCGUGGUGAGGGCUUUGUUGCAACAAGAACUAGAUGUAAUCGUGUUGAUCAAGUUAAAUCACGUAGAUGGAAAACAGUGUCUUAUCCAGAAAUUGCUGAAGUAUCAAAUAGCAACGACCAAAAUAUCACUGCAGUUGCGAAUGAAAAUCCGCAUAUGAUUACAGAAGGUCAAUACUCUCAUCCAUUUGGUCAGGCAUCAUAUCAAAGAAGCAAGCAAGGAUCAAUUGUAAAAUAUGAGGAUUCGGGUGAUAAUGUUCAUGAAUGUGAUUAUUGCAAUGCAUCUUUUUGGUUCGGAGAAGCUGUUAAGCAAUCAUCUUCAAAUGAGCCUCUCAUUUAUACAAAAUGUUGCAAAAGAGGUCAAAUCAAAAUUGAGCAGCCAAAACCAACACCAAUUUUUCUUGAAAGAUUAUUAGAUCCAAACAAUGGUUCAGAAAGUAAACUUUUCAGAGAAAAUAUAAGAGUUUACAAUUCGAUGUUCUCUUUUACAUCAAUGGGAGCGAAAAUUGAUUAUAAGAUAAA